GCAGCCGCCGCCGCGGCUCCCCCUCCCCUCGCGUACCGCACCCCGCCCCACGGCAAGCGACGAGCGCAACACGGGCACUCCCUCAGGGACCCCGGCGGGAUCUCCUUCACAGCCCCGCUCCGGGGCGCUGCCCGAUUUCAGCCCCCUUCUCCCGGGGCUCCCGCCGCAGCCCUGACGCCCCCGCGAAUGGCGCUUUACGGCAGCAGGACCAGGCGGUCGCUCCCUCCCCGCCCCGCCGCCCCUGCCUCCCUCACGGGCGGCCGCUCCCUCCCCUUUUCCCGCUUCCCCGCCGCUGCGUCCCUCACGGGCGGCCAGGCCCCGCCCGGCGGCGGCGAGGGGCGGAGCAGAGGCCCGGCCACGCCCGCCACGCUGUGGCCCGCUGUGGCCCGGCGGCUCCGGCGCGCUCCCCUCCGCCCCGGCGGCUUGGCCCGCAGAGCGGGGCGGCCCUCGCGAGAGGCGGCGCCAUGGGGCUGCACGGCGUCAAGGCGGUGUUCUUCGACUUGGACAACACGCUGGUCGACACGGCGGCGGCGGGGAGGCGCGCCAUCGAGGAGGUGAUAAAGGCCCUGCAGUCCAAGCACCACUACGGCGAGGGGGAGGCCCGUGUCAUUUGCGAGAAGGUGCAGGCCAAGCUGCUCAAGGAGUGUCACGACCCCGCCAAGAUGUGCAUCACCGACCUGCGGAUUUCGCACUGGGAGGAGGCGAUCCGGGAGACGAUCGGGGGGGAGGCGAACCGAAACCUGGCCGCCGAGUGCUAUUUCUUGUGGAAAACGACCCGGCUCCGGCACCUCACGCUGGCCGAGGACACGCGGGGCAUGCUCACCGAGCUGCGGAAGGGGCUCCGCCUGCUCCUCCUCACCAACGGCGACAGGCAGACGCAGAGGGAGAAGAUCGAAGCCUGCGCCUGCCAGCCCUACUUCGAUGCCAUCGUUGUGGGAGGAGAGCAGAAAGAAGAGAAACCGGCGCCAUCCAUCUUUCAUUACUGCUGCGAUCUCCUGGGGGUGCAGCCCGCGGAGUGCGUGAUGGUUGGCGACUCUCUAGAUACAGAUAUCCAAGGAGGCUUGAACGCUGGCUUGAAAGCAACUGUCUGGUUAAACAAAUCAAUGACUACCCCGGUAGAUACCUCCCCAGUACCUCAUUAUAUUAUUUCUUCUGUUCUGGAUCUUCCAGCAGUUUUACAGAAGAUGGAGCACACAAUUAACGCUAAAUUAGGAACUGACCAUAUGGCUAGCAGUAAUGAAGCACAUUGACGGCUCCAGCCUACAAUCAGAGAGAGACCUGCUGAGCUGAUAGAUGACUCGCGCUCUUAAAAAAUUUGACUCUAGGAUUUUGAACUCAUGUAGGGUAUGCUUCUUAAACAGCAGGUGAAUGAAUAAGAGCAUAUUUGUCUGUGAAAACAGGAUAGAAACAAAGAGUUAGAUUAAUUUAAAAGAUGCAGGUGCAGUUGAUUUAAAACAACUGCCUCUGUCUGGAAAUUAUUUUGCCAGACUGGCUAAAGCCUAUCUGUCUCUGACCUAAGUUGCCAGUCUCUUGUUUUUAUAGUGGAGAAGAAAAUUUGAAUGUUUUGAACUUUCACACACUUCGCUGACUUGUAAGUUUAGCAGAAGCUUCAGUUCAAACCUUGUUUGCAGUGUGUAAAAGAAGGUGAGAAAGCGAGCGUGGUACAAUCUGGUAAAUCUUAACAAUUCAUCUGCAGUUUAUCUCAGGAACUCAGGAGUGAAUUUUGCUAUUUCUGAACCCAGAAUUUAUCGACAGAAUUUAUUAUGUGUCAGGCCAUUAGAAAAUGCUCUACCUUUGAUGUUUUUUCAGGUUUUCAAGUUUUAGAAUUUUUUUCAGACUUUGCAGUGACUCUUCUUUUAUGGAAUCUGUGUCUCUUGCCAAAAGUACUUAAAUGUACAGUAAAAAUUUGCAUUUGUGUAGGGGACCAUUUAUCAGAGGGACUUGACAGAUAAGUUUUUACUUUAUAUUUUCUUGGUGCUUAUGCAGAUAUGCAGUAUACUUGUAAUUCAGAUUAUUAUUUUUGUUGGAAUGUAAUUGAUAAAAUGUAUAUUUUCAAUGGUCUUCUUACUGUACUGUCAGGCUCCUUAAAAGCUAGUAUUAUUAUUUUGUCUGAUUUUAUUAGAGAUUUUUGAUCAGACUUCUUGGAGAAACUGUUCUUGGUCUUGCUCAGGUGUAUGAGUACCCAGAUUCAACGGCUGGAUCAGUGCUUUUUUUGACUCUUUUAAUGGCACUGCUAUACAAUCCCUCCUUACUCCAGUUUCUACAUGUAUUUCAUGUGAUUUACUCUGCAGAAAAUAUUAGCUGGUUGGUUGUAAAAGGCUUUCAUGACUCUCUUCUGGGAAACUGGAAAACUAUGUCAUGUAUUAUGGUACUGUGUACAACUUCUUAAUGUGUAUGUGCGAAUUCCACUAGAUGCAGGGGAUGACUCUAAAACACUAAGAUUUCUCUUUCCCUGAUCAUUAUCUUAAUAAUUUAAUUUUCCUGUACUUCGUAUUCUUGCUAUUUAAUGGGAGAGUUUUCACAUACUAAAGGGAAACAUAAACACUUGUUGGAAAACCUGUGUUUUUCAAAACCUAUUUACUAUAUGUACAUUGAGCUGAAUAUCUGACCGUACAUGAGCAAUCAAAUUUUGUACUUUAGAAUAAAUCCAUGACAAAUCUUUUGAGAACAGGGAUAUUGAGGUGCUGGCAGAAGAGUGUCUGGCAUGUGGGCAGCAAUAAAAGAUCAGCAAAAAGUACAGAAGCCUACCAGGAAAUGUGUGUAGAAGGAAUCCUGUAUACAAGAAAGGUUUUGUUGUUUAACUUGAUGUGAGUCUAAGUUAAGAUAGUUAAGUCUUGCAUAGCUUGACAGAUUCAGUUUAGAGGAGGCUAUUACUCAUCUGGGUUAAAUUAUUUGGUAGAGUUUAGGCUGCAUCAGGAUAAGUUGCUCCAACAUUGAGGCAGGGGAAAAAAAAGAAGGAAAUACUGUUUGAACCCCUUUCAUCCAAUUGUCCCUUAAAAAAGGUAAAGCAGUCCAGGUUCUUCAUUAUCUAGCCAAGACCUUUGAGACAUCAGGCUCAGUGAAGAGAACAGAAGCAGGCCCCACCUGUACCUUUGAGGAAACGGGCAUAUGCUAAAAAUGAUCCAGUUACAAGGGGUACAGUGAGUUGCCACAUGUAACAGGAGCCAGCAGGGCUGACUCGACACACCUUUGUUAACGAAGUAAGAGACCUAGGUUUUUGUUUUGCAUUUGGAAGAGCAUGAAAACAGUCAUCGGUUUAGCUGAUGAGCAAAGCGUUGCUAAUAACAUUCCUAAUAGCCAGGAACUGAGAGAGAAAAUAAUAGAGAUACUGAGCCUAUGAGGAAUAUUGUGUAAAAAUAGAAAUGUAUCCAAAAGGUUGAUGGAUCCCUGAAAAGAUAAGGUAUGUGAAGUAAUCUGUUCUAACCAUACUGUCUGAUACAAAAUCAACAACUUUGCUUACAGCAGCAUCCCAAAGGAGCUGCAGCAUAGCUCUGUUUGCACACCAUCAGGGUAAUACAGCUUGGGCCACAAUGAGAUUUGUGAUACAGCUGAGAAUGAAAAUAACACAGUAAUAAUUCACAAGUCUGUGGGCUUGAAGGAUAUAUAUGUGCGCCAGGUUAUUAGUUUUUUAAUGUAAGUUGAGGCUCAUGUUCUCUUGCCACUGCAUCAUUCUGAGGUGGGGUACUGAGCCUGCUUCAUGUUGAAAGGGUCUCUUGUUCUAGAAGAGACUGCUCUUCAUUUUGCACAUGGCCAGUGGUUUUCUUAGAUCUAUGAAUCUAUGAAAAACCACUGUGACUGAACACUCAGGUGAUACUGUGGUCUGUGGAGGCCACAGCCAAGUAUAUUUUUCCCACUGCCGAGUACUUUACCAGGCUGGAUGUGACUGCCAGUGCCCAGAUAGGGCAAAGGCGUUACAGUUCUUCUAUCAUACAAGAAGAAAAGAUAGCAGGGAUUUCUCUAUCUAGAGGUCUUCUUUGAAGCAGUUACCCAAUAAACUAGAUUAGAUAUCUGGAGUAUCUCUACUCCAGAUGUUUUUCUUGGAUGGAGCUCUUACAGAAAGCCUAAUGAAAAAUAUUUAUAUUUAAUGAAAUGGAAACAUAAACGUAGUGAUAAUUUUCACAUCAGAAGCAGAAAUAGAUCAAUAAAACAGUCUCUAUUUAGUUCCAGUUAAGUUCUGUUUUGCUUAGUGUUAUGCUCUAUUAGCUAAGUUGUCUAGUUUGAAUUAUAUUGCCAAAACACACUAAAUAAAAAGAGGAAAAAUAAAUUCCAUCUAUAUUUUUAAAACCUUCUUUUUUCAGAUAAAUAUUACCUCCUCAGGUCAGUCACCAGUAGUGAAAUUAAUUGAAAGAAUAGUUUAAUACCAACUGCAUUUUAAUUCUUGAUUUGAAAUAACCCAUGUACUAGUCUAAUAAAAGUAUUUUGAUUAUAAAACAUUA